UGAAGUUUGAUUUUAAUGAAUUUUAUCAGGUUAUGAACGUUUAUCCACUUUAAAUUUGCAUUGCAUCAAAAUACUUUCCUAAUUCGAAUAUUCUUUGUUUAAAUAUUCACGUGUUUUUAGUGUAAUUUUUUUUAAAUACUUUAUCACACAGUGAAAAGUAGUGUCCUCUUCCAGUCAUUAAUAAAAACCAAUAUAUGAUUUGGAAACUGAAGUUGUAAUUUAGUUCUGGCACUGUUUGUAAAUUCGAAUUAUUUAUAAUAGGAUAUUAUAUUGGUUAUAUAUUGGGAUUUAUUAUCCCAUCAUGCACAACGCGAAAGAAUUAUACCAACAGCGAAUGGAUCAAAUUGAACAAAUGAAUUAUAUUAGAUUUAAAACACCAGAUCCCCAGCAUGUUUUGAUAACAGAUAAAUGUAUAUCAGUCUUACAUAAACAUAGAAGUUUGCUUAAUGAUGUUAACUAUUGGCAUCAAUUCAUGGUUAGAAAUGUUGAUCAUGCAAAACGAGAACAAGUUCUUACUGCAAUUUUGGAUCAUGUUUUUCCAUUCGAUCUAAUUCCAGUGUCAUAUUGGGUAGAGGACGACUUUGUCUUUUUUCUUGGUCGAAAUUGUGGCUCGGCUAUAGAAAAACUAUGCAAUGGAAAUUUAGUUGUGCCCAAUCCUAAAAGUACAACACCCUUCAGGUUAAGUAUUAUGCUGAGAUUUGCAACAACAUCAGAAUAUAAAAUAGACGUACAAAGGAAUCUAAGAUUCGUAUUGACCAAGAGAAGUAGUCUGUAUAGUAGAACUCUGGAUUUAACAAAAUUCCACGAAGAUGAAGAUCUCAUAGAAUUUACUCCUCUAUUUCAACCGAAGAUUCUGUAUUUUGUACUACGCAUAGCAAAACAGCUGUCUGUACCUAUGGAGUCAUAUAUACUGAGGAAAAAUAGAAUCAAAGUACUGGAUCCUUUGAAAAUUUUAUCCUCUUCACCAAAUAGUGUCAAAAGCAUUGAUCUUAGCAAUAAUUUGAUCGAUGAUAUUGAUUCUCUACAGCAUUUGACAGAACUAAACCUAACAGAUUUAUUUCUGGAUGGUAAUCCUUUAUGUAGCAAGUAUGGACCAGAGGAAUAUUUUGCCAAAAUUUCGAAACAUCUUAAAUAUCUUACGCAUUUGGAUGGGCUUCCUCUGAGAAAAGACGGUUUUCCUGUCAGCAGACGACACUAUAUGUGCGAUCUGGGAGCAGCAGAUCUUAUUAAUCAGUUCAUUGAAUAUUAUUUCUACCUUUAUGAUCUACCGAAUCGGGACAUAUUGAAAAUGGCGUACCAGAAAGAUGCAAUGUUCAGUCUUACCGCUUCCUACAUCGCGGAUCAGAUAUCUUCGAGCCGCACCAAAAUGCCUAAAUACUUAUCUUUAUCUAGAAAUAUGCAAAAAAUGUCGAACUUUAGUCAGUGUCACAACAAUUUAAUCAGAGGGAAUCAACAGAUUGUGAAUAUACUUAAAAACCUGCCUCUAACCGAACACUAUCGUCCGUCCUUCGCCGUAGAAUUAAUCCAUUAUACAAAUACAUGUGCAGUUGUGUCAGUGUCCGGUGUAUUUAAAGACAGUGCCGACAAUCUAUUAGACGCAGAACAAAUCUUCGGAUUCCGAAGGACAUUCGUAUUGGCGAUAAAACCAGAUGGCGCAUGCGUCAUAACCAAUGAAAUGAUGCAUGUUCACAAUGCUCUCACCUGGCAGCAGGUAACUAGUUUCAAGCAGCCCCGGAGUGUUAUACGGACUAUUGAGUUUCCAAAAUCGGAAAGUGACCACCAGAAAGCGAUCAACGCAUUCAAACGUAUUACUACUUUAGAUACGCAGUGGGCCAAAAGGUGUUUGGAAGAUCGUCAGUAUAAUAUGAAAAUGGCGUUAUUGCUGUUUGUAGACCUUUACAAACAAAAUAAAAUUCCCCCAGAUGGUUUUGUAAAGACAGGUACAAAUAAUACAUAUGAAGGAGUUGGAAACGACCAGUACAACCAAAAUAAGAAGAUGAGGGUGUAAAUAAGUUUACCAAAAAUGUACGCCCAACAAAAUAUAACUUUAUUUGGUUUGAUCCAAGUUGAAAUAUCGUAUAUUUUUGGUAUUUUGAAAUCAUGUUUCAAGGUACAAGUGUGUGUGUAUUAACAUUUUAUAGUGAAAAUUGAUCUACAAAACUUAAUUCAUUAUUUAUUUUGAUGCGAUGAAUUUUUUUUUAUUUUUUUAACACUCCUAUAUUGGAAAGAUUUUCCAAUUAUUUGUUCAUUACAUCAAUAUCAACAUUUUAUAUAAAUAUGCAAAAUAAUUGUGAAUAAAGGUGCAAAACUAAGUACCUAAAUUAGAAUGCAAGACUUGCAUUAAAUAAGAACAAUAUGCAAUUUGCAUAUUUAUCUAAGUGUAUUUAUAAAUAAUUGCGAAAAAAAUUAAGAUUUGUUACGUCACAAAAGUUGGGGAUAAUAUUAUAUUAAUAUUCUGAUUCAUCACAGGGACUCUCUUCAUUUAUUCUGAUACUCUGAUAUCUUAGUUUUGAGAUAUAGGUAUUUAGACAAAAAGGUGAAUCAAAACAAAUAUUUUUAAUUUCGUUUAUUGUUUUAUAUUGUGUAAAUACAUAAGGUAGUUCUAGAAUUAAUAUUUUUCUAAAAUAUGUGAGUUGAAGAAAUAUUAGAAUAAAAUAUUUGAGAUA